AUGAAUUCCGUCGAUGCCUCAGAGCAUUACGAACUGGGAGCCACUGACCUGUCUCCAUCCCUCCUCACAGUGAUCAUCGACACAAACCCUCACGCCUGGGCCCUCCUCGAAAACUCCCUCCCACUCUCCAAAGCAGUCGCCAACAUCCUAGUCUUCAUAAACGCCCAUCUGGCCUGCAACUACGCAAACGAAGUCGCAGUAGUAGCCUCACACAGCCAAAAAGCCGCGUGGCUAUACCCGUCUCACAAUGCACUAAAUCAUCGGGCUGACGCCGACCAAGACGGCGACGUCCAAAUGAACGGCAACACAACAACCCCACAAACAAAUAAAUACCGCCCCUUCCGCAUAGUUGAAGAACAGAUUACGCGCAAUCUCAAGGACUUAAUAGACUCCACCACAGGCGACGACCUCCGCAAUAACAUGUCAACAAUGCUAGCAGGCGCCCUGACCCUCGCAUUGAGCAAUAUCAACAGACGCACAAUUGCCUGGGCCGAGGAACACGGAGGCGCAGACCUGGAAGACGCAGCAGCUGAAGGAGGUGGCGGCGGCGGUGGCGGCGGCGGAGGAGCCACCGCCCCGAACAGAUACUCCGCGUCAAACGAAGACGAACGUCUGCAGAGUCGGAUCUUGAUCGUGUCAGUCAGCGGGUCUUCCGAUUCCGCACAUCAAUAUAUCCCCGUUAUGAACAGUAUCUUUGCUUGUCAGCGGCUACACAUCCCCAUCGAUGUAUGCAAGCUUAGCGGUGAUGCGGUAUUCCUGCAGCAGGCAUCAGAUGCUACUAAGGGUGUUUACAUGGCUCUUUCCGAGCCGAGGGGACUUCUGCAGUAUCUUAUGAUGGCUUUCCUGCCUGAUCAGCGCUCCCGCAGGCAUCUCGUUCUACCGACCCGGGUGGAUGUUGAUUUUCGCGCUGCAUGCUUCUGUCAUCGAAAGGUUGUGGAUGUCGGCUUCGUGUGUUCCAUCUGUCUUAGCAUUUUCUGUGAGCCGCCUCCUGGAGGUGACUGCAUGACUUGUGGGACGCAUUUGGAUGUUGGGGAUUAUCAUGCCAGGCCUGCUUUACUACCAAGGAAAAAGAAGAAGAAGAAGCGUGUCAAUGAGGCUUCUGGGGCUGGCACGCCUAUUUCGACGCCUACGCCUACGCCUGGCUUUUGA